UCUUGACUUUUUUCCGUACGACUCAUCGUUUCGCAUUAAAAAAUAUAUCCAUUCCGCUACAUUAGCCACUGUGCUAAAAUUAAAAAAUAAUAAAUUUUAGGUUUAGGACAUAUGUUCAUAUAAAGUUUUUUUCUUAAAAUGGAUCCAAGAAUCACCCCCUUAAAUAUAAGCAUGUCUUUAUGGACCACCCUGUAUACAGCUAAAACCUUUCUUUUCACAUUUUUUUCACUUUUACUUUGUAUCAUUUUUACAGAAUUCUUAUUGUAUGUGAAUAAAAUUCCUUCUUACAUGUAAAACAACGAUAACUUCUUUUUUUCUAUAAAUCGAUUAUUAAAUUCCAUAGUUAACGCAAAGCAAAAAAAUGAUAACAGUUUUAAGAUGCCAUCAUAACAGUAUAAAUGCAACUAUUAGUGUUUCAAUUCAAGCAAAAUGCGUUUACUUCUGCUUAAUCUGCUUGGCUGUCUCGUAGUACCACGUGUGAUUGCAAUGGAUGAAACUCAUACAUUGAAGACUAAAUACUUGGAUGUUCCGCUGGAUCAUUUUUCAUCCUUGCCGAACGUAACCUUCAAACUAAGAUAUUUAAUAAACGCCGAUCAUUACGUUCGAAAUGGGCCGAUUUUCGUCUUCACCGGGGGUCAAUGCAACAUCGAAACCUCAGCGGAAAACACCGGUUUCCUGUUUGACGUGGCCCCGCAUUUCAACGCGUUGGUGGUUUUUAUCGAACACCGAUACUACGGAAAAUCACUACCCUUUGUAAACAUUUCCUACACUAACUACGAGCAAAUGAAGUAUCUAACAGUCGCUCAGGUUCUGCAGGACUAUGCAUUAGUAAUCGAAGCAUUACGAAAAACCUACAUAAGCCACGCGAAUUACACGAAAACGGAGAAUAUAAUCGCUUUCGGUUCAUAUUACGGCGGUAUGCUGGCGAGCUGGUUGAGAAUGAAGUACCCGUUUGCUGUUAAGGGUUCCAUCGCAUCGAGCGUGCCUCUCUUCCAUUUCCAGGGAUUUCCUGGCUGCGAUACCUUCUACGAAAAAGUUACAUCAGUUGUCCAGCAACUCGGGCUCGGAAGGUGUAUUAAAACGAUCAAAUUGGGAUGGAUGGUUUUAUCGAGCGCCUUCACAACACCUUCAGGUUUAGACUACGUCUCGACGAAUUGGAGACUGUGCAAACACCUCCGCACUAACGCCGAUGCGGAUGCUUUGCUGGACUGGUUAAGGGACGUUUACGUGCAAUUGGUGCUCUUCAAUUACCCAUUCACUUCUAAUUACUACAGGCCUCUGCCUCCCUACGCCCUGAAGACCUUCUGCGACAAAAUAACCACCGUCGUGUUCACCGACUCCAAGAGCUUAAUAGAAGCCUUCGGCAAUGCCCUCGAGUUGUACACGAACUACACUAAAGCCACUGCUUGCGUCGACAUCGGCGAGAAGCGCGACGAGAUCAUGUGGAAAUACCAAACCUGCACCGAGCUCGUCAUGCCUUCGUGCACGACCAGCAGGGACAUGUUCGCGAACGAGCGCGGCUACGAGAAGUACCGGCAGGAUUGCCGGGCGAGAUUCGGCGUAGCGCCCAAGCGCGAUUGGAUCAAGUCCACCUUCGGAGGCCACGACUUCGAUUACUAUUCGAAUAUGCUGUUCGCCAGCGGCGCUUUGGACCCCGUCGCUGCGGAGCGCAUCUAUUUCGACAAUUCGACCACCUCUUCCUCGUUGAUCUCGUACCAAAUCGAACAAGCGCCCCAUUUGAUGGACUUCAUGAGCGCCGAUCCGGCCGAUAAUGUUCACGUUAAGCAUGCGAGGAAGUUUUACGCGCAGGUUUUGAAGAAGUGGCUGCAAUUGUAGUUGAUUUUCUAACCCGCUUAAUUAAUGUGGGUUUGAAUUAUCCAGUAUUAGUACUUAUGGUAAUAAAAUCUAUUUAGUUUGUAUUCAUUAAGAGAGUGAGAACGAAAUAAAGUCCUUUUUGUUGUUACAUAUGUUUUCUGCCACGUACCUAUGUUUUUGUAUUUUGUAUGACGAAAAAUAAGAUAAACAAU